AUGUCAAUUCGUAAACAUAUGUCGCAUUUCCGAGUAAUCGAGCACACAGUCCGGGCUCAUCAUAUUCGAGAGCGCCUGGGCGCAGUCAAACCAGGCCACGAAAAUGAGCUCAGACUUGCCGUAAAGCAGUACAUUCCGCUUGAUAAUCCAGAUCCAAAAGAUGGUGAUGUCACCUUGAUCGGGGCGCAAGCAAAUGGCUUCCCAAAGGAGCUGUAUGAGCCUCUGUGGGACGAUAUAUACGAACGACUGCGAAGCCACAAUCGCCGCAUCAGAUCCAUCUGGAUCGCGGACGUUAUGCAACAAGGACAGAGUGGUAUCAUGAAUGAGGGGAUUCUGGGGGAUGAUCCCGACUGGCACGACCAUGCGCGCGAUCUCUUCUCGAUGAUAACCCAGUUCCGGGGCGAAAUCCGCCAGCCAAUUGUUGGAGUUGGGCACAGCAUGGGCGGGAUGCAACUAGCCCACCUCUCGCUUAUGCACCCGUCCCUAUUCAGCGCAUUAGUUUUAGUUGACCCGACUAUAACGCGCUCAAACGUGGGAUUGAAGUUCGCACAGGCAUCCAUCUAUAGACGGGAUCUCUGGCGGUCUCGCGCGGAAGCAGUGCAAAAAUUCAAUUCUAACCCGUUCUACCAAGCAUGGGAUAAGAGAGUUCUUGAAAAAUGGACGCAGUAUGGACUUCGCGAGCUCCCUACGCUCCUGUAUCCUAUAACGGAUCGGGAUGGACCGGGAGCGGUGACGUUGACGACAACCAAAGCACAAGAGCUGUUCUUUUAUUGCCGUCCCUCGUAUAUAGACGAGCGCUCUGGUCUUCGUUGUGGAGAUCCAAAAGAAGAUAUGCACCCAGACGAUAUUGACGAAGAUUACCCUUUCUACCGCCCAGAGCCGGUGCUGAUGUUCCGCCGGUUACCCGAACUCAAGCCGCCUGUUCUCUAUAUCUUCGGUGGGAAGUCUGAACUGUCAACUCCAGAGGCGCGGAGGGAGAAGAUGGAGAUCACGGGAACAGGUUUGGGUGGGAGCGGCGGUGUAAAGGCUGGCGCAGUGGAAGAGGUUGUUUUGCCGGCCGGUCAUUUAGUGCCCAUGGAGCUUGCGAAGGAGAGUGCGCGGGCUACUGGAGACUUUGUUCAUUCCAGACUGUCGCAGUGGGAGGCGAGAGUGAAGAGAUAUCAAGACGCUUGGCGGGCCGUUCCGCAGGAAGAGAGGGUCCAGGUUGACAAGCAAUGGGAGAAACACUUGGGGGUUUCUAGACGGCCUAAGCUUUGA